AUGUCUUUCGAAGUGCAUUUCCCACAAUUUCAAGCAGCUUACGACGACCCUAACGCCCCGGCCGUUAAGAUCACCUAUAAUUUAACGAACGAAAACAGAUCGCUAACCAUAAACCAACAAGCUAAUGGCACUGAUGUAUGUUCGUCUACUACUGGGGAUAAUAAUUCGGAAACAGAAAAACGGACUUCGUUGAUAAUGGAACAAAAUAAUCUAAUUUCAUCUCUGAUCGACGUGAUGCGCCGACCAAAUGCGAGCUUGCGUCUCCCUACCUUCAACCCUGAGUCAAGACACUCGGAUCCUUGUGCCUGGUUGGGAGCCGCUGAUGCCUGCGUAACCGAGGAACAUCUAACUGGCGUGUUACUAUUUAUAGCUCUGAGUCACGCUCUCGAAGGAACUGCUGCUACAUGGUACUCCUCGUUCGCCACUCCGGGUAUAACCUGGAAUAGAUUUAAGUACAAAUUCUUUAAAAAAUAUUGUGAAUCAAAUGAUAGUCAAAUCCCUCCAGCGAGCUAUUUAAUUCAUUUGCUGGACUGUAAAAUUGAGGAUAAUCAGUGUCUGACUUCUUACGCUCAGAAUAUUACAGCGUUGCUGAUGUCCAAAUGGGAGAAUCUGACCAGAGAGGAGAUAAUAAUCGCUAUAGUGCUGUCACAUAUGGCGAAAUUCGAUGCUCGCGUCUCGAAAUUAGCAAUGUUUAAAAUCAUUGACACAAGGAUUAAAAUGGAUAAAGAACUAAGGGGCAUGUUCGCUUUACCGAAAAAUACCCCCCCGCCCAAACCCGAUGAAAUGUGCUUCAUGUGUGGACAAACUGCACACCUGUCGUCAUUCCGCCACACGCCAUUGGCUGAGCAGAUUGUAGAGAGAAGAAAACGUAUGAUGCCUGCUCCAGCCACUGGUCCGGAAGCUAAAAGAUCAAAAGAUGGGACCAAUAACGAAGGCCAGCAUUCCAAUAAUUGUAAUCAAGACGAGGAGAGGCGCAGAGGCGAAGGGGAAACGUCUGCCAACGCGGGAUCAGUUGAAGUUGCUGCUGAUCCUGCUGCUCCAGCAGCUCCAGCAGCUCCUGCUGCUCCUGCUGAUACUGCUGAUCCCGCUGAUGCUGCUGAUCCAGCAGCUCCUGCGGAUCCUGCUGAUCCUGCUGCGCCUGCUGAUCCUGCCGCUCCUGUAGCUCCUGAUGCUCCUGCAGCUCCUGAUGCUCCUGAUGCUCCUGAUGCUCCUGAAGCUCCUGCAGGUUCUGAUGCUCCGGCAGCUCCUGAUGCUCCUGCAGCUCCUGCUGCCGAAGAGGAUGGUACAGUACCAACUGGAAAUAUGAAAGAAGAGGUCAAUAUGGCUGACUCGAAGCAUGAUGGAGAGCCUUGCGCCUAA